UAAUAAAAAAUCUAAUACAAGGGACAAUUAAAACAACGACAAUAUAGUAUUAACAAAAGUAACGAUAACAUCCGAUGAUAAACAAUAAUUCUCUUCCAUUCAACAAAUAUGCCUUUUUCACAACACACAAUCCAUUCUUUUACUAGUUAAAGGGUUCUUCAACGUAACUUUUGGAUCAGUGUACACUUCCACAAGAGUUGACUUUGUGCGUGAUAAUUCUCCCAAGGGUAGAUGACAAAUUGUAGCAAUCAAUGGCAAUCACAUUAAAGAUCACAACUUUUCAAGUCAAGUCCACAAAUUUGACCACAGAGUUUGAAUCAAGCCAUCCAUUCAUAGCAGCAAGAACAAUGCAUCUUCCAUUCCACCCCAAAAUGGCUCCUUUUCCCUGUCUUCCAUUUUUCACCACCACAAAAUCCAAAACCACAAGCAACUCUAAUCCAAUAGAACAGCUCUGUCACCGCUUCUCUUUUUCUGAGCUUCAAGCAGCCACAAAUGGGUUCAUGCCGAGUUUAAUUGUCAGUGGAGAAGGUCAAUGCAAGGUCUACAAAGCCCACCUCAAAGGCCAUGGAGACGUAGCCAUCAAACACUUCGAGAUUAAAAGCCCAGAUCGUGAUAUAGAAUUCAGGGUCGAAGUCGAGAUUCUGUGUCAACUACACCACCCAAAUGUUGUUCCUUUGGUUGGUUUCUGUGAGCACAAAAAUGACAAGUUUGUUGUGUAUGAUUAUGUCUCCAAUGGAAGCCUCCAUGAUUGUUUGCAUGGCACCAACAAAAACAGUGCUGUUCCCUUGUCGUGGAUACAAAGACUUAACAUCUGCAUCGGGGUGGCUCGUGGACUGCACUACAUUUACUUUGAAACCAAGAUACCCAUCAUGCACCGUGCUGUGAAAUCAAGCAACGUUCUUUUGGACCGUAAUCUGGUGCCUAAAGUGGCGGAUUUUGGACUUUGCAAGAAGCACCCGCAAGAGGAGUCAAGGCCAAAGCCACCAAGAGUUGAGUUGAGGGAGAACUUGGAGGUUAGUUUGGAAUACAUGGAGCCUGAGUAUUUUAUGACUGGAAGGUUAUCAAAGAAAUUUGAUGUGUACUCUUUUGGGGUGGUAAUGUUAGAGAUUGUGUGUAGGAAGGAAGCAUGUUUUUUAACCCCAGGUGGAGAUUGUGAGUACCUUGUUAAGUGGGCUUUUGAUGAUGAAAGGAAGGGGGUUCUUGAGAAGAUUGUUGAUCCAUCUCUUAUUGGAAAAAUAGCACCUUCUUGUUGGGAAGUGUUCAUUGAGAUUGUUCAGAGAUGUUUGGCUUCAGUUGAAGAGAGGCCAACGAUGGGUGAAGUGGUUAUGAUUCUUGAAAAUGCAUUUUUGUUGCAAGAGAGAGCACAUGUGUGAAAGAGUGUGAUGAGCCAAAGGCCAUUAGGAAGAGAAAUAUAAGCAAAAAUAAUACAGUUGUUGUAUUUUUCAUGUUUCUGUUCAAUUUUUGUGAUUUCACAGUUCUUGUAAAGCUUUUUCUUUUUCCAUAUUUAAGCGCUUCCGGUGGUAUAUCACAGUAGAGCUAUGAUGCAUCGAUACUUCAA